AUGCCAGCUCUUCGUCUUGGAUCGAUUGCACCAGACUUUAGCGCAGAGACCACUGCAGGUCCCAUCAAGUUUCACGAGUGGCUAGGCGACUCGUGGGCAAUCUUGUUCUCUCACCCAGCAGACUUUACGCCCGUUUGCACCACUGAGCUCGGUGAAGUCGCCCGCCGUGCACCCGAGUUUGCACAGAGGGGCGUCAAGCUCAUUGGUCUCUCCGCCAAUGGACUCGAGAGCCACCAGGACUGGAUCAAGGAUAUCAACUCGUAUGGUUCUCAGGCUGUUGGCCCCACCGACGUCCAGUUCCCCAUCAUCGCCGACGCAGAUCGCAAGGUUGCCACCCUCUAUGACAUGCUUGAUGCCCUCGAUGCUACCAAUGUAGAUGCCAAGGGUAUUCCGUUUACAGUUAGGACAGUCUUCAUCAUCGACCCCAAGAAGAUUAUCCGCCUUACCCUCUCGUACCCUGCUGCCGUUGGUCGCAACUUUGAUGAAAUCUUGCGAGUGGUCGAUGCCCUCCAGCUCGGUGACAAGGCAAAGGUGGUGACUCCAGUCAACUGGAAGCAGGGUGGCGACGUUAUCGUCCAUGCCUCGCUCAACGACCAACAGGCCAAGGAGCUCUUCCCUGACCACACCAAGCCUCUCCCUUACCUCCGCUUCACCAAGCAGCCUAAUUAG